UUGUCUGUUCAGGCAAGUCCACCCCACACGGUCAAGAACUGACGUUCCCCCUUGGAAAAUAUUUCAGAAAUAUCACAGCCGACACUUUUCCAUGUUAUAUACGGAAGUGGAAACGGGCUGAAAAAAUACCUUAUUGAAUUCUACGCUCGAGAAUACCUCUCGAAGGCUGAUGUGUCUUGUUUUUUUUGAGUGAGCGUCAUUAAUCGGGGUUAUGUCGAGCGAGGAGAGUUAUCUAGCCAUCCAGCGCUACUUGACCGAUGAACGGGAGCCUUACGCACCGGGCACGCACGGCAACACCAAGAGAAAGAUCCGAAAAGCAGCUACUUGUUACAUAGUGCGCAAUGGGAUUCUUUAUUACCAGAGGCGACAGAAAGGUCUGGAUGAAUUCACGGAGCUGGAAGUGGUGCUGCAGGCCGAGAGGCGGAAGGAACUCAUCACUGAGGCGCACAUCACGUCCGGAGGGGAACACCUCAACCAGCAGCAGACAUGGGAGAUCAUCUCCCAGAAAUACUGGUGGAGAGGUGUACUGAAGCAAGUGAAGGAUUGCAUAAAAGAGUGCAGUCACUGCCAAAGCAAGCAGGAGAAGGGGAGAGGCAAUGCUGAAGAUGCCACGAAACAAGCUGUCCGACAAGUUAGACGAAAGACCUCUGUCUAUGCCAGCGAGGAAGAGGAUGAUGAGGCAAAUGAUGAUUUGGAUGAGGAACAGUCCAAUUCAGCUGAUAAACACGAACUGGUGUUUGUGGAUAGUAAGGGAGUUGUCAAGCAGUUCUUACCAAAGCAUGGGCAGACGAUGCUGGACAGGUUGAACCAGCAGCGACUGAGAAAUGAGUUUUGUGAUAUCACCCUGAUCAUUGAGGGUGAGGAGCAUCGGGCACAUAAAGCUGUACUGGCCUCCUGCAGUGAUUAUUUCUACGAGCUCUUUGUGGAAAAGGGUGCUGUGACCAGUCAUGAAGCUGUCGUUGACCUCUCUGGCUUCAGCAAGGCCAGUUUUCUUCCCUUAAUGGAUUUUGCCUACACCUCCAAUCUGACCUUUAACUUUUGUGUGAUGGCAGAGGUAGCCACACUGGCACGGCACUUACUGAUGGCUGAAGUGCUUCAGAUCUGUGAAUCUGUGCAUAAGAAAGUAGAAGAACAGAAGCUGAUGGUCUAUCAGAGAGGAGACAUCCACACUGUGGUGGCCAGCCCGCCUGCGCCCCCUCAGCCAGUCACACCCACCGCUUCCGAAACUUAUGUGGUAACUAUGCAGAGUGAUGACACACCUGAAGCAGGACAGUCUCUAGCUGUACUUGCAAGUGAAAAUCGGGACGGCUGA